GUCCCACCGUGCCUGCCGUAGAUCAAGAUGGCGGCUCCCGGUGUACAGAACGAGGUGAUUCAGGAUGAUCUGCCCAAAGCGGUGCAACUCCUCAACACGCUCACGCAACAGGUUGCAUUUGUUACAAGCCACGUUCGAGACUUGAUAAAGAAAGUCCAGAGUAAAACGUAUCCAACGUCAAAGGGUUUGUCUUUUCUGGACCUAAGAUACCAGCUGCUGCUGUUUUACCUUCAGGAUGUUGCACAUUUGAUCAGCGUUAAAGCAGAGGGUCAGAGUUUGAAGGACAAUGGCGCCAUCCACAGGCUGGUCACCAUAAGAACGGUUUUAGAAAAGAUGCGUCCUCUUGAUCAAAAGCUGAAAUACCAAAUCGAUAAAUUAGUUCGCACUGCUGUGACUGGCAGUCUGGCUGAGAACGAUCCUUUACAUUUUCGUCCAAAUCCUGAGAAUCUCAUCAGCAAGCUUGAUCAGUCUGAGGAAUCAGAUGAUGAUGAUGAUGAUGGUGGUGGUGGAGAGAGAAAUAAACAAGAUUCAGGGAAGAAGGGCACCACCAAAUCCAGGAGAUACAUCCCACCAAAGAUCGCCCCAAUGCAUUAUGAUGGUGACCUGACUGAGGCCGAUAGACAAAAGGAGCUUGUGGAGAAGCGCAAGAAAGCGGCGUUCCGCAGUUCAGUAAUCGGGGAGCUCCGGCAGCAGUACAGCGACGCACCCGAGGAAAUCCGCGACCGCCAAGACUUUCAGACUGAGCGAGACAUCCGAGAAGAACAGCACAGGAAAAACUACGAGGAGUCCAUGAUGGUGCGUCUAAGUGUCUCACGAGAUCAGAAGGCCAAGAAGAGACGCAUGAUGGGAAUGUCCUCACAGCUGAAUAGCAUCACACACUUCGGUGACAUUACAGCGCUGACUGGAGGAGAGGCACCGGAUUUGGAUAAUCCCAGACCCAAAAAGAAGAAGAAAUUGCUGAAGAAGAAAAACAAAAAGAAGAUGUUCAAGAAACGCAAGUAAAGAUAGACAACGCUUGGAUUGAGAAGAGAUGGUUUUCAUUUGCCUACAUCCGGACAAUUAAUAAAAAUUAAUAAAUCCAA